AUGGCGGAAACAAUCCACCAGCUCCCAGAAUGGGAAACCCCGCGCCCCCCUAAGCAAAAAGGCCCACUCAGCAAAUUGAUGGCCCAGUCGCCGCUACUGGCACGCAAGCAGGAAGCAGAAGAAGGAAAAGAAGCAGCAUCGGCCGGAGAAGACUCGACGGCCGUUAUGCGCACGUUCUCCGAUCGGUUCGUGCCGCACCGGGCCGCGUGUAGCCUUAGACCCAGGAGCCGCAAGAGCAUGCUGUAUAGCCUCGGGGCGCUCCUCCUCCUCCUCGCCCUCGCCCUGGGCCUCGGACUCGGGAUCGGCCUUCCGCAGAAGUCAAACAAGGCCGAGAACCUGCCGCUGCCGACAAGCAACGGCACAUUCAAUGGCGACUUGACGUACUAUGAUCCCGGACUCGGCGCCUGCGGCCUCGAACACGCUGCGUCGGACUCGAUCUGCGCGGUGUCGCAUUCGGUAUGGGACGCGGUGAUGACGAGUUCGAACCCGAAUGAUAACCCGCUGUGUGGGCGGAAGAUCCGAGUAACGCGAUAUAAUGAGGCGGUUCGGGCCAACCGGAGUGUAGAUGUGACGGUGGUGGAUAAGUGUAUGGGAUGCAAGCCCACAGAUCUGGAUCUAAGCAUCAAGAUGUUCACGGCCCUGGCCGAUGAGAGUCUGGGAAGAGUGGUAGGGACCUGGGCCUGGUUGAACUGA